CUAACAGAAUGGCCGACACCGAGUUCGAGGAAUUUCGGCAGUACUUCGAGAGACUUCCGCAGCAUCUGAAAGCACCCCUUUCGAAUUACACAUUAGUUCACGAUGUGAUGAUAGACGAUUCCCCGACCUCGUCGCAAGGUAGCGACGCAGAGGUCGGGAGAUCUUGUGACGGGGUCGCUGGCGAUUCCGAGGACGAGGAAGUGGUGGUCAUACAUCGACACGACAAUCAGAGUGGACACACUUCCGGGGACGAUAGCGAAGAUCUCGAUCACAAUUGUUCCAUUGUAGCGGACAGCGACUUUAGGUUGGUAACCUCCUUGUUCGGUGGACUGAGCAGCAGGGGUCGAUCGGCAGGCGUCGGUGGACCGGGUCCUGGCGGAGGUAGCACUACCGUUUCCGGUAACGGUGGUAGAGACAGUGUGUUCAGUGACGUUGGUGAUUCCUGUUCGAGCCUCAGUUCCUGGCCGACACCGGAACAUGUGCCCUCGAAUCGUCCAGGAAGCGGUGGUACCGAGCGUAGACGUCGAAGACUACCGGAAAUACCUAAAACAAAAAAAUCCGUUGGUCAGAUGUUCAUGCAGUCGUCGUCGUCUUUGGCGGACGAACUUAACGCGGCUGCUGGCUCGACGGGUUCCACACGACCGCAUUUAAGUUUAAGAAAAUGUCACUCGAGGCUUCGCCACGAGGACAGUUCGCCCGACAGCGAGCGAAUGGCGACUGACAGUGGCCAUUCUACUGCCCACUCGCCGGAAAACGGGCCGAAAAGCGUGUCACCGAUACCCUGCAACACCCUGCAGAACACGGACUCUGUGUCGCCCAGUAGUACACCAGGAAGCGGCGGUGUGCCGUUUACUCAACUGGAGCUGCUGGAGGCGACGCAUCGAGGACUCCACAAAUUCGUGCCAAGACAUCACGAUGAGAUCGAUCUUGAAAUCGGUGAUCCUAUUUACGUUCAGAAGGAGGCUGAUGAUCUAUGGUGCGAAGGUGUGAACCUGAGAACAGGUCGUCAAGGUAUAUUCCCCUCGGCAUACGCGGUGGACAUGGAUUACAGUGAUUUUGAUCCGUCAGCGCCGAAAGUGAAGAGGGAACGAUAUCUUCUGGGUUACUUGGGAUCCGUGGAAACGUUGGCGCACAAGGGUACAGGGGUGGUUUGUCAAGCUGUUCGAAGAAUCGUUGGAAAUUCUCAGGAAUCACCGGUAUCGCAGAGUUGUAUCUUGGAAGUAUCCGAUCAGGGUCUUCGAAUGGUUGACAGGAGUAAACCACGGAAGAAUCAGGGUCCUUGCCACGAUUAUUUCUACUCGCUGAAGAACGUUUCCUUUUGUGCGUUUCAUCCUCGCGAUCAUCGCUACCUCGGCUUCAUCACGAAGCAUCCUACCUUGCAAAGGUUCGCUUGCCACGUGUUCAUUGGGCAAGAAUCUACCAGGCCCGUUGCCGAAGCUGUCGGGCGUGCUUUCCAUCGGUUCUACACGAAGUUCAUCGAGACUGCUUUCCCGGUAGAAGAUAUCUAUAUCGAAUAGAUUAUUACUGCUGGCCUGUCGUAUAGCAGCAAUGGAGGAAAAGAAUCUCACAUUCCUUUGUCCCUUGUACAUACUGUCCCUUAGCCUGUAGAUAUUAAAAUGAUUAACGCGAAUCAAACACCCAAUUAAUAUAUGUAUACAUAUAUGUAUAUAUCUGUAAGUAUAUUUACAUAUAUGUGUAUCUACAGGGUAUUAAAAAAAAAGAGUUGCAACGAAACUUCAUUAACAUACGAUAUUUAUCCAAAAUAAACGAAGAUACCAAAAUUACUAAUUUUAAUUUAAUAAAUUAUUUACAAACGUUGUAAUCAUUUCUUUGCUGUUACUGUAUAAUAUUUUUUAGAUUAAGAAAUUAAUUUCAGCAGGGCCUAAAAUCAAGUGAAAAUAUCAUGAUAGAAAUUUAAUAUUUCUAUGAUUUUUAAUAACAAAGUUUUGUUAAUUUAUCAAUAAAAAUUUAUAGAACUCUAAAUAAUUUUUCUACCCAUAUUUAUCAAGAAUUAGCAAUUAUUUAUUUACUUUGAUAAAUAUCAUAUGGUUCUGAAGUUCGGUUGCAAUAUUUUGCAACACCCUGUACAUUUACCGAAGAAUUUCAGGAAGCGUCAGGACGGGACCGAUUCAACGCCGUCUCUUAAUUUUAAUAAUUUCAUUAAUUUAUUUCUCUAUCAACGUCACUUAUCCUUUCACAUCGAUAUUUCGUCGUUUCCAUAACAAACACUUUCAUUGUUCACGUAACUCGAUUUCAUUCAUUUUUCAUUUUAAUUACGAUAGGACGCGGCGACUUGAACUCCGGAUGGAAGAAAAAGUCUUUAAUAUUUGAAUAACGUACACUAAUUACUACCGAUAAGAAACUAAUCGUUAACCUUUCGAUCCUUCGACCAAGAUAUCCGUAUAGCGACACGUAUAGAACGACAAAAACGACAAUAGCGUGGAUCGUUUUGACGUUAAAACGCGAACAAAUUGUAUCGUUUUAUCGAUGUCUUAAGAUGAUUCGUUUCGUUUCAAAACCGGUCUCAAAACACAUUUCCGUUCGAUCCCCUAAUUACGUUUACACGUGGCAACGAAAAUGAUCGUUUCAUCGAAACGAUCGUCGGAUAAUUCAAGAAACUACCUUAGAGACACGUAUAUUUUUCUAUAUUUCUUUCCGAAAGAAGUGUUAAUUAUUUAAUUGCGUUGUAACGAUAAGCCUUAAAAAAAGAAAACGUUUCAACUGAUCCUAAUGAUUAGGCGACAUUGCUGAUCCGAUUCGCAAAACGACUAUUCGAUCGAAGCGCACAUUGGCCUCUGUACCUCAAUUAUUAUCAAUUGUACUGCGUUGCUACGUUUCGCGAACAUUCAUGCAGUACGAAUCAAAUCGCACGCACCGUACAAUGAAACGUCAAAUCAGCUAUGAAAAGGUCGUGAUUAUUAAUUUGUACCGCUUAUUACGAACGUUCAGUCUCAUACCAAUUAUUAAAUAUCGUUUGAUAAAUCGUUAUCAUACAAGGUGGUAAAAAAAAGAAGGUUCAGAAUUUUAAAAGCAGACGAGUGAGAAAAUUAAUAUUUUCAAUUAUUAAAAAGAGCGUUAUGUCUACGUUCUGACAGAUUUUCAUGACUUAAAAGUAUCACGAAAUGCCACUUAUGGCAUAUCAAUUUAAAGCUUGAACUCUCCUAAAAAUAAUUAUAUAAAGGUUUUCUUAAUAUACUUAAUACAAAAUGGCUGGUCCUUUAAUUGAAAAUUUGGUAAUCGUUGUAGAUUGAUCGACUUUAACGAAGAACUACUUAUUUCGUAUUCAGAAUGUUAAUGAAAUUUUUAUAUGGUUAUUUUUAUCAGACUUUAAGCUUUAAAUUGAUGUGUCAUAAGUACCAUUUUCAGAUACUUUUAUGUCAUGAAAUUCUGUCAGAGUUCCGAUGUCUCAAAAUGAACUACUUAAUAUGCAAUAACCUAAUGCAAUCUAAUACUAUAUAUUAUUAGCAUAAUGUUAAUACUAUUCCAAAUUAGUUAAUUAAUUAUUAAAAGUUCCUGCCAAGAUAUUAAACUUCUGAAUCAAUUACAAUUUUUACCACCCUGUAAAGAACUAAUUAAAUAACCGCUAAUUACAUUACAUAAACACGCGUACAAAAUUACUUUCAUUAUUAAUAGUCAUCAUCAUCGUUUACAAAGAUCACGUGCUUGGGAUUUGAUCCACGCUGUGUACAUUAAUUAAACCGUUCGGUUCUACAGUAUGUUGAAUAAAAAUUGAGAGACAAACUGGAGUGCUUAAUCAUUGCUAAGAAGUACACAAUCAGUAUCAUCAUCAUCGUCUAUCAAUUACACGUGCCUUUGAUUGAGAUCGCCUCGAGUAUCGUGCCUUUCCAAUUAUUUUCUCAUACAGGUACAAAUUAAUAUCAUCCGCGUGUACAUCAUUGUUGCGAUUUCAAACGAUAAAUAAUCUUCUUUCUUUCCUUCCUCCUUCUUCGUCCGAGAAUUAGAAUAAAAAGGCGCGUGAUGCAAGAGAAGAGAAAAAAAAAGAAGAAACAAUGAAGAACUCUUUUGACUAAAAUUUAUGUUUGUUACCCUUUUUCAAUCGAACGUCAUCAAUUUCAAUGCGACAGUAAAAGAGAAUAAAUUAUUUCCUCGAUUACGAUGAUAUUUUGUCGUCGAGACAAUUGGGGUUUCGAUUCGACUUAUAAAUUAAGGUAUAGUUGCAAUUUUUCGUAGCUACACAGAAUAAUAAAUCCUUGUUACUGGUUGUAACAUUUUUCCUUUUUUUUUUCAUAGUAGAUAAACGAUUAAAAAAAGAAGAAGGCCUUGUUUAUCGAAUGUAUAAUAUACUCGAAGAAAUAUUCACGCUUCUUUACUUCGCAAACAUAUCUCGAAGCGUCGUACUAUCGUUUCCUGCAUUAAAGAAAAAUCCUAUCGACACUUUUGUUUCCUUUAACUGUAAAUGCUCAAGAAGUUUGCAGAACAAUUCAGGUGCAGAAGUAAUACAUUUUUCAGACACGCAGCUCGGAAGAUAUGUCGGUUGUGUGAUAGCAUUUAAUGUGAUAAGGGUAUGUAAUACUGUCUCCGCAGGCCGCUGGGCUAUUGCAAUUAAAUUAAGUACUCUCUGUUGUGUAAUAAAUAACACGUAAUUUUAAAUAUUUUUAUUAAUCUUAGCAUACUCGUUUUUUUAUUGAAACAAUGAAAUCAUCGAUCAAUUUCGACAAAAGGAUACGAAAAAGGGGGUGAAAAUACAUUUCAAAAUGAGGGUUUCUUAAUCGUUUGUAAUUUUUCAUAUAAUUUCUACAUACAUUUUCUUUCAGGCAGUAUUAUUUACAAAAAUGUUCCACCUCCUACGAAGUCUUGGUAAUUCAGUCUUGACACAAGUUACACGUGUUACAUGAUCCCAAUCAUUACAAUAUUUCUGUAUCAAUUGCAUUUAUAGAGUUUCAUCAUUUUCGUUAUUUUGUUCAUACUCGAAAAACAGAAUUUAUUAAUAAACAGAGAAAAAGAGAGAUCACUGCAAGAAUGCAAUUCCUUAGACCGGAUUAUGGUAAUUGAAAAAUAUUUUAGAAACAAAGAAAGAGAAAAACAAAUGAAUUUUCUAUUUUUCUUUUAUUAGAGAGUCGAAAAUGAGUCCCUGGAAAAUUGAAUGUUUGUCAAAUUUAUGUCCCACAUUCCAUGAUCUUCUAUACUGCUCGAGGAGCAACCUGACUGUAAACAUUUUUAUAAAUUUCUGCUUGAAUUAUCAUUAUUAUUCUUUCAUUGUGCACAGAGUAUAAUAUCAAUUCAUAUAAUUUUUUUUUCAGUUUUUUUUUUUUCUUUUGGAAGAACAGAGGAACGGAAUUGGGUAAUAUUUUCUAUCAUUCUUUGGCAAUCUACGAAGAGCUAUACACCUCUUAAAUUGUAUUAUGACAAUCACUGUUCGUUUACACACAUUGGUGUUAGUAUAAUUAUUUAUUAUUAUUAUUAGUACAUUCUAAUUGAGCAGCACAUAUACACACAGGAGUAAUGUUUAUAAUACAUAUAAAAAUAUUCAAGAAAAUUUUCAUUGAGAAACUAUAUAUGUAUAUUAAUAACGAUUGCAAUAAAUUAUUUUUAAUUUAUCGGUUAUCAUUUGUUUUUUUCUUCUACUUUAUUAUGCAUCGUAACUCAGUGUGUCAAAUAUAGCAAUGAGGUAAAAAUUCAGAGGUGCAUUUCUCUUCAGAGAAGCUCAUCAAAUAUUGCGAAUCAUAUUCGCGGUCUUACCAGCUACAAUUUUUGCAAUUUGCGCGAUGCUCCCGACGAAAGCACUCGAGUUACACGAUUUUUAAAUUAUACCUGUACAAAGAUUAUUCACUCGACGAAUUCGUUCUGUACAUGUGAUACGAAUGAAAAUAUAUGUGUCGUUUUCGUAUUAUUAUUUCAUUUGAAAAAAAAAGGAGGAACCAACGUUUAAUAACAAUAAUAAUAAAAAAAGAAAGAAAAAUGAAGAAAACGACCCAUAUAUGUUGCAUUGUAAAGAUUUCUCGACUCGGACGUAUUAUUCUAAACAGUAAUAAUUAUUAUAUUACUAUGCGGUUCAUUUACGCAGAAGCGUAAUACUGUCUUCGUAAUGUUUCCAAACGCAUAAUAAAUUUUAUCCGUUUCUAUUUUCUUUCUUCUCUUUACAAGAUAGUAUGAGACAAAAAGAAAAAAAAAAGAGAGAAAUGAUCGCUUCGCAUUGAAAUAAGUAUCCAAGUUCAUGCAACUGAAUAACAUGAUUCGACCGCGCCAAUGAUUCAAAAGAACAUUCUCGCAGUAUUUUGCUCCUAACGAUACACCGUGUAUAAACGUACAAGAAAGAUGUACCGCACAUAAUCGCGUUGUAUUGUGCUUUUUUUUCUUUUAGCGUAUGUUUAACUUACAGAAAGAAAUUGUAAAAAUCACUUAUGUGCAAACAGCAGAGUAUAAAAUAUAUGUAUAAUAAAGGUAAUAUUUACAAUGUUAUCAAGAUUAAACACGUUUAGCGAAUUCUGUAGUGCCGUCUGUUUGUGUCACAUUGCAUUCUUCACCGAUCAACAAUUUUCUUAAACAUUUCAAUUAUUCUUUUAAACAGAUAGUUGCGAUACGAUUAAUCUUACCAUCGUGUAGUCUUUUUUUUGUUUUUUGUUUUUCAAGGUAACACACGAAGAAUCACUCGUACAUGUAUCGUAAUAUUCUUUAACUAUCAUGGAUAUAUUUUGCUCGAUUUACAAUUUUGUUUUUCAUCCGAUCUAGAACGAUUAAGGGUAGAAAUGAUUCAUUUCCACGUACACGUUUGAGACAUACAAAAACAUGAGCACGGUGGGGUUUGUAAGCUCGAAUCGCGAUACACCAUGAACAAUUUUAUUUACAAGGAAAAUCCAGGAGAAUAGAACAUCGAAUUUGUUUAAAUUUUUGAUAUUUAUAAAGAAGCCCCGAAAUAAUAAUUGUGCAAAAUUAUAGAAUGGAUUAUUUGGAAAUUAGCAUCCAAAGUCAUGGAGGUGUUAAAAAUUUAAUAACUUCUUCAAAAUUAACUUUUUCCUCCUUUUCCUUUUUGUAAAUUAUAAAAUACACUUUGGAAAAUUAUUACAGAAGGUCGCAUGAUUUUACAACAAACCCAAAUUGUAUAAUUAAUUUCCAAAGUUGAUCGAAGCUUUUAAUCUAAUCCCAAACAGUGUACCCCAUAAUUUUCCAGAAUUAUUACAUAUGGUGUCCUCUAUAAUUGCACAAAAUUAAAUGAAAUUAAUAUACCAAAUUUCGUGUACCUUCCUUAUAAGGUAGAUUCAAAGGGAUCGAGAGAAACAGUGACACCAAACACAGACACUUGAAACUUGCUGUUUGUACUAUAAUGAUCAUGACGAAUUAGAAAAUCUGCCAUUCGCUUAACUAAAACGCCCCAUUCACGAUGAUAACCGGACGAUUACACGCGUGUGGGUGUUAUUAAUCGUUUCCUAAACGGUAUAUAUAAUAAUAAUCAUGUAAAAAAGUUUUAAAUCUUUCUUAAUCAACGUCGAGCGAUCAUGAGGCAAGGAUAGUCACAUCCUUCUCAAACAAUGAAAUAACUGAGCACAAGUUUCUUGUUAUCCAAGCAAUUGCCUUAAUAUAUCGUACAUUUACAAUUACACUCCCUAAACCUUUGUAAUAGAAUAAUAUAUUGUUCCAGUGACGAUCAACCUCACUACGCUUGACAUCGACGUCAAAUGACAUAAAAACGAGUUAACGAUAAUUCUUUUUUUUUUUUUACAAUGAACAUAUGAUGUGUACAUAUAUAAGAAGUAUUAUACGCAGGUAAUAUUCCCUCUUUUCGCAAUUUCGUUUAAUUCUUGCUCGUUCAAAGCAUCGUUUCAAAGAUAAGAAUUAAAAUAAAUAUAUUUAUAGAUAGUUUGGAUUGAAUUUUGUCAUCAAGCUUAUAAAAUAUUGUUACUUUGAAAAAAUAAUAUUAUGCUCAACAAUGCUUUGCACUUUGGAACCAUGAAUUUACGUUAAAACGGCGAAUGGUCUGUCUAUACAUUAAAAACAUCAUUUGUUAACUACUACUCUAAACCCUACCUGAUAAUCGUGACUUGUAUCAGUAUACGCAGGAGCAUGAAAAAGAAAAAAAGGAAGAAAAGAAACUCUUCUUUACUAUAUUUGGGGAAUAGCACACGAGUUGCAAAUAGAUGUACAAUUAUACGAAUGAACGAUGAAAGAAAUUCACAAAAGAAAAAAUAAUAAUCGGUCAUUCCCUUAAUCGGUCAACUAUCGAUUUAGAUUGAGAUGUACGGAAUUCUUAUUUACAGUAUCAGCCUUAUUUAUAGUUGUACAUAGGAAAAUGGAACUAAAUGAUACAUAUACGAAGUGCCUCAAAAACGUUACACUAUCUAAAAGCUACAGAUUUUUGUGAGAAAUAAAUUAUAUUUCUGUUUUUUUAAUUUUGCAAUUUUGAAAGUGUUGUGCUUAAUAAAACUUUGCACUUUGGAACCUUGAAUUUACGUUAAAAGGGUGCGUAGGUUGGAGAAACUUGGAGAAUCCAAAAGGGGUGAUGCUACCCUUCCAAGAAUUAAGAGGAAAAAUAAUUUCUAUUGUGAAAUAAAAUGAUUUUUGCUGCUAUUUUAAUUUUUCCAAUAAAUUCUAAUUUCUUUCGACACGAAAAAUCUGCAGUUUUAGAAUUAGAAAAUCUUUUUGGGACACUUUGUAUAUAUGGUGUACCGAAAAUUAUGGUACAAGCGGAAAGGAGGUGAUUUCUUGUGCAGUAUUAAAUUGAAAAUGUGAGAUGACAUGUUUUUUUCUUUCAUUCAAGGCUCGAUUUUCGAAAAAAUCGACCAUGAAAUUCCGUCAAGUUCCCGGUUCACUUGACUAACAAUGAGAAUCGGAUGAAUGGAUCUUACUGCACAUACUACUUUGUGUUCGUAUUUGUAAACAAUAUAUUAUUUAUAUUUAUAUAUAUAUAAAUAUAUAUAUAUCUAUAUAUGUUGCAUAUGUCCACAAUGAACGCGCGUUUAUAAUUAAUCUUCCAUACGCGCAACUCCAUUUUAUAGAUUUUUAACAUUUUUACAUUGAAUCGCAGAUUCAUUUACUUGAUUAUGCUUAUUUACGGUUUUGUCAACUGUAUCUUAAAAAAAAAAGAAGUAAUUGUAAUCGGCCAAUGUGUCUUUAUAUAUACCAUAAUUACACAUCAGCCAAAUAUGGUAAUUCCAUUUACUACUCAAGUUAAUAGAUACUAAAGCUUAACUAAAUAAUUAAUAAAAUAAUAUAAAGCAACAUAAUAUUGGGUGGAUAACGAGGCCAGUAAAGUUUCAAAGUUUUGCAUAACAAAAUACGAGAUAAUAACAUUUGAAAUUUAAUAAUUUUCAUUACUACUUUACGUUUUUUAAUGAAGUAAAAAAUUUAUAAAAAUAACAGGUUAAGGUGCUUCAAAAAAAAAAAAAAAAAAGUGCAUACCUCUGAACAAGGACAAAGAAGAAAGCAGUCCAUACCCUUUCGUAGAUUAUUUUAAAAA